UAAUUAUAAUGAGUUUCUAAGACCAAUACUAUUAAUCAUUCCAACAACUGCUCAAGGUGUGAUCCUAUAUCCUAAAUAUGAUAAUAUCAUCAUAAUAGUUACUAUUAUUUUAUCUUUUGCAGCAUCACUCAUAUUUCUGCAUCGAAAAAUUCAGAUGUCUCGGGAAUCUCAAAUACAUCCAAAACCUAAAAUAUUUCCAGAACUUAAUGAAAUUCUUGGAUUUCCAAAACUUUUUUUUGUGGAGUUAAUGACAAUUUUUCUUAAAUUUUGUUUAUUUGGUAUUGUUGACAACAAUCUUGACUUCUAUAAUGAGUUUAUUCAAAAACAUCCUGAGAGUUGUGAUGAUUUGGUUAUUAAUGAGAAAUAG